CCGUGCCCGUUCUAAGCCGCGCGGUCGGCACUUGCUGACCGACUAGUGCCUCUCUACCUGCCCCAAACUAUUGGCCUUCGCCGCGAUGCCGUUUGACCGGUCCUCUCACUCACACUCAUGGGACAAAAUCUCUCGCAAAUUCACUCCCACUCAACAGCCGGUUUGGCCGUCUAGAGUCUACCACACAUACGUUAACCCAACGGUCGUUUUGCUUCGUAUUAUGGCUAAACAUGUUGAUACGCGCGCGGCCUCAUUCCAGUCUGAAUAAUAAAUCUAAAUACUUUGUUCUAGAACGUAUUUAGUGAACAAUUAGGUAUAAUUAGAAUGAAGAAUAAUAGUCAUUUAAUUAACUGACGAAAGUUAUCAAAGUUUAAGCGGUGCAAAAGUUGUACACGUGCACAUUUGUUGUGCAAGUGUUUUAUUAUUUACAUAAAAUAGGUGUGAUGUGUUGUUAAUAAAGGUGCUAUGAGUUAAAUUAAUUUUAAUUAAGGUUUAAAUUCCACGAUAUGAGUAUGACACAAGCUCCAUCUAGAAAUAUGGAAUCAUUACCAAAACAGUUUGUAUCCGCGAUGCGGACGUUGUUCGAUAUUAUGGAUGAUAAACAUACUGGGUACGUAAAGCUCACGGAUAUCGAAAAUCGUUGGAGAGAUGACCGCACUAAGGGUUUGCCAAGAGGUGUUAUAGAGAGCCUUCAAAAGGUCGCUUCCCACGACGGUUUACUAACAUUUGAACGCUUUUGUACCGGCCUUAAAAUCUGUCUUUUGUGCAAUCAAGUUGAAAAGACUUCUGAUAAAGUUAACAGACUUAACCACGAAGAAUCAGGAGGCGGCAACGUUCAAAUAAGCAACAAUAAUCAAGGUCACCAUCGCCCACCUUCAGCGCCCUUACUCGAUGUCGACGUGCAGCAGGACAAGAAUUGGAACGCAAUUAAAAAUACAGAGACAACAUCACAACAAAGAACUAUCAGCAUGCCUCAGUUGCUAGGCCGCAAAGAUGGCCCUUUCCAAGAGAUGAGGAACCACGGAGCAGCAAUAAAUAAACACGACAGGGUUUUCGCUCCUCCAAAACCGCCAAGAUUAGAGAAAAGUUCUGCAGAAAGGAAGGAACCCUCUAGAAGCUUCAAAACAGAUGACGCACCACGCUUUGAGCCUGAAGACAUUGGGGACUUAAAAAUUGACUUUGAGGAAGUAGCUCGGUCGGGAGAAGAGGCCAGUAGAGGCCUGGGAGAUGGAAGACCAUCAAACGAUACACAAGCGCAAGGCAUGCGUCGCACGCGCCGUCGCGAGCCUCGGCGACACACCCUACAUAACGGUGUAGACUAUAAUCUCCUUAAACGAAUGAAACAGAUUGAACAAGAAAAGGAUGUGUUGCUACAGGGCUUGAAUGCAGUCGAGGAAGCAAGAGAGUGGUAUUUAAAGCAGUUGGGCGAGGUCCAGGAGAAGAUGCGACAUGCUGGGCGGAUGGGAGUUUAUGUUGAGCCAUGGAGUGAAGCGCAUCAGGAACGGCUGGAGCUGUUGCGGGCGCGAGUGCUGGAGUUGAACCGGCAGCUGGGAGCGCUGGCGGCGGGCUGGCGGCACGGUCAGCUAUCGCUGCACAUGAACCUGGCGCUGCCGGCCGCGCCCAACGCGGGCGUGUUCACGUCCGUCACCAAGCAGAACCGCAUGUUAGCCGAGGAAGUCAAUCGGAAAAAUGAGAGAAUAGCUGUUUUGGAGAGGGAAAAGUCAGCACUGAUCAGAGAGGUGUUAGGACAAAGAAAUCGAACAAAGAUAAUGGAUAACUUUACAUAAAAAGACAAUAAAUUAAAAAAAAUAGAAUAAGAUCAUACAGAGAUUUAGGUGCUAAAUUGUCUAUCCUGUUCUCAAUAGUAAAGAACAUAGAAAUAUAACACCCAAAACCAUGUGUU